GUGCCGGGGAGGGUGCCGGAUCCUGAGGAUGGCACAGGUGGCCAGCUUGCAGAAGGGGACAGGGUCAAAGGUGGAAGGCUUUGGGCUGGCAGAAGGAAAGGGGCCUGGACCUGGGUUUGGGAAGGAGAAGGACAUUGUCUGCAGGGACCAUGAGUGCAAUGGACAUGCCGAGGGGGCAGCUGCAGCUGCAGAGCAAAGUGCUGAGAAGGAGGCGGGCUUCUGGCCAGAAGCCAGAGGUGGGCUGGCUCGCAGUAGAGAGAAACAACUUGCUGUUCUUCCUAGCUCUGAAAAAGAAAAUGGCUACGGAUGGUGGAGGCAUCCCUGUUGCUGAGAACAAGGGGAGAGCUCAGGAGAUUUCAGGUCAGGGACAUCACUCUCAAGACAUGCUCUCCAGGCUGGAGGAGACAGUGCCUUUGGGAUCUGCUCAGGUGUCACAGAACAUCAAGAUGGAGCCAGAUGAGCCAGACCUUGAAGGGGCUUCCCAGGAGGACAGGCCUCCAGUUGGAUGUUGCUGUGUGCCCCUAAGGCCUGGCUCUAAAGAGAAAUCACUCUUCCUGCCUGGUGGAGCCCUUUCCUCAGCCCAGAUCCCUGUGCUUUCCCUAGAGGGAAGGACUAGAGACCAGCAGAUGGCUGCUGCACUCCUCACAGCCUGGUCCCAGAUGCCUGUGACCUUUGAGGAUGUAGCUCUGUACCUCUCCCGGGAGGAGUGGGGACGGCUGGACCAUACACAACAAAACUUCUACAGGGAUGUGCUGCAGAAGAAAAAUGGGCUGGCCUUGGGGUUUCCCUUCAGAAGGCCUUUCUGGGCUCCACAAGUGUCCAGGAAGGUUGAGGCUUCGAGCUCCGGCAGGCAGACAGGAACUGAGGAGGAGGAUAGUGACCCUGGCUCAGGAGCUGUGGAGGUGGGGAAGGAGGCUCCAGCCAAGUGUGUGGCAGCCCUUGGGGAUGUGAAGCCCUUGUCCAGGACAAGGUGGGUCGCAGGCCAGGUCCUCCAGUGCAGGCAGCAAGUCACCGGUGACCAGAAUGCAUGGUCCACCAGAGAUGCGGGGCAGCCAGCUCCUGGGGAAGCAAGUCGGCCAGAGCUCACCCUACCCAACACCAGCACCUGCAAGGCCCUAGAGGGCUGCACCCCAGAGAACCCCAGUGAAGAGGGGAAGGGCACCCCUGAGAGUACCGAGGAGGGCUUGUCUCCUGAUGGUGGGGUGGGCAAGAAGAGCUAUAAAUGUGAGCAAUGUGGCAAAGGUUUCAGCUGGCAGUCACAUCUGGUCACACACCGGCGAACACACACCGGUGAGAAGCCCUACGCCUGCACGGACUGCGGCAAGCGCUUCAGCCGCAGCUCGCACCUCAUCCAGCACCAGAUCAUACACACAGGCGAGAAGCCCUACACCUGCCCUUCUUGCUGGAAGAGCUUCAGCCACCACUCCACACUGAUCCAACACCAGCGCAUCCACACUGGUGCUGGUGCCCAUCCUGAGCGGAGUGGGAUUGGCGUGGGCCAGCUAUGUGUCUGCACCCCCGAGUCACCACUCUAGACUGGAGCAUCCCCACCCCCAGCCUUCUUUUUUUGUUUGUUUGGAUUUGGUUUUGUGGUGCUGAGUAUUGAACCCACCACUAAAAUGUAUCCCCAGCCCUUUUAAUUUUGAGCCAGGGUCUCACUGAGUUGCCCAGGCUGGGCUCAAGCUUGUGAUCCUCCUGCCUCAGCCCCUCAGAGUGCUGUUAUUACAGGCAGGUGCCACCUAUGUCUACCUCCUAGCUCCUAGCCUUGAUGUCAGGUUCCAUUUGUGAUAGGCUCCUUCCAGAACAUUGGGACCAUAAAUCUAUAAACUAAGACUUCUGAGUACAGAAAAGUGUGGUUCUCCCGGUGGGGCUGGUGGUUGCUGCUGUUAUGCUCCACGGCACUUGGCUACUCACUGGCCCUGGGUUUUCCUUCGGCUACUUUCUUUGGGAGCUGGGAGCAGGGUAGAGCCAGCUUGGAAGCUGCUAUUUAGUGUUUCCUGCCUUAGGCACAGGCCUGGGUUUUGUGGCUGGCUUUUUUCCAUCUGUUUCCAUCAGGAGCUGCCUGCCUCAUAGUUAAGGCUCUUCUCUGACUAGGGACCAUUCUCCCCUGGGCUCUUCUGCAGCUACUUCCACUGCUGCCACGUCUCUCUUCUUUGGCCUACGGUGUAUUCCCUUUACAAUUUGCCCUACCUAUCCCUGCCUGGCUUUUAGUUCUGAUCUUCCCCUGGUUUUUAACCUCUGUGGCUUCUAUUUCCCAUUCUCUACUUUUCUUUUCCCCAGCAAGGAGUAGGUUCAGUCUGUUAAUCCCAUAUUGUGGCCUCGCUACUAAGUUAACAUUUUAGCACGGAUACCAACUGACCACAAGAACAUCUACACUGGGGAGGCCACAGAGACCCCACCUGUGUCAUGGGUCAUGGCGCCAGCAGGGUGGCUGCAGCCCUGGUUGGAUUUCAGCUUCUAAGGGACUGGGAUGUAGUGACUUAAAAUAGUAUGUGAGACUGAGAAGUGUCACAACUGCCAGUUGUUAAACAGCUGUUCUGCCAGCAUGGGGCCAUGCCUGUAAAUGUAUCACUUCUACUAGCUAUGACUGAAUUUUAUUAUCUCAGUGUUAUAGAUGAGGACAUAGAGGCUAAGAGAGAAAUGCAAUC